AUGGCAUUCUCCUCUAGUUUCACGCUCCUGGAUGGUCCAACUGUCAAGAUCCUUUACGCAGCAGAUAUAGACGACACACCAACAGUCAUCUUCAAUGCCAUCCCUAAGGCAGUAGUGAUGCAAUUUUCCAGCUUCUUAGGCGACUGUUUUCCUUCAUGCGACAAAGUCCAUGUUAGUCGCAAAGGUUGUGAUGGCAAGACAUACACCACAAUCUUUGGCGGCGUCAAACCUGCAUUUGUGUGCAUUUUCCAAUGGAUGCUUUCUUCUUGCAAAAACCAAACUUUCCAGAAUAUUGACCGUUUUGAAUUUGCUAAAUAUGCCCGUCUUUAUGAAGCAGCAGUGCUCCUUGGCAUAUCACGGAUUGAAAAUGAAAUGGUAUUCCGUAUGGAGCUAUUAGCGAAAGGCCAGGUCCCCAUUCAAGAUGUCAAAAUCAUCUAUGCAAACUUCCCCAAAGAAUGUCUUCCGCGGCAGAUCGUCAUCCGUAGCAUCGGGGAUGCUCUCUUCGAGCGUCGCCUACGGCGUUGCGCUUUAUACAAGGACUUCAAGCUUCAGUGCGCUGAGUACGACAAGGACAUAUAUGGUUACAUCCAAGAGAAGAAAGCGGCAAUUCGAGAAGAAGAGAUGGCCAAAAAAAGGGGAGGGAAAAAGAAGCAAAACAGCAACGAGGGUAAGCCUGGAGAAGAUUGUGGCGAGGCACCCCAAAUUAUCAUUAAGAGGGUUCAGGCUGUCACUGCUCGGAAGGAUCAUGGAGGCAAACCAACGUAUUUCCGCAUAGGACUUGAAGAGUUUGGGAUUUCCAAUCAAGAAUAUACUGCAGCCAAACCCACGAGAACAUGA